GUGUGUGGCGCGGGUGUCGUUUUCCUCAGCGCUGGGCGCCCCCAGGCGGCCGUGGAGCCUCCAUGCCCCGCCAUGGAACCGCAGAAGGAGCCGCGGGCGCUCCGGGACUCCAGCGCGCGGCCUCCCGGGGCCUCGAGGCUCCCGGCGUGGGACGGGGAGGAGCGGCCGGAGCCCGGCGUGCAGCCGGCGGCUCCUCAGGAUGCUGAGGCGGCGGGCGCGAGCGCGGCCGGCCUGUGGGAGUUGCCGGCAGAGCCCGCGGAGCGGAGGCCGGAGUGUGGCGGCUGUGGCCGGCCGCUUAAGGUGUGUUUAUGUCCAUUUCUCCCAGCACAUCCUCUCAGCAUCUCCACUCAUCUGUACAUAAUUCAGCAUCCAGCAGAGGAAAGCAAAGUGCUGCGCACAGUCCCUCUGCUGGUGGCCUGUCUUCCCCAGGACAAGUGCACAGUGAAGGUUGGCCGUCGCUUCAGUGGAGAAAGAGAUGUUGAGCUUUCAACUGUUUGCCGGAAGUCUGGCACAUUAAUAUUAUAUCCAGGGGCUGAAGCUACAGAUUUGGAAGAAUUUCUGUUAAGUUCCCCUGUUUAUCCUUCCACAAUCAUCAUCAUCGAUGGUACGUGGAGCCAGGCCAAGGACAUCUUCUAUAAAAAUUCCUUGUUCCGACUUCCCAAACAGGUGCAGUUAAAAACUAACAUUUCCAGUCAGUAUGUAAUUCGGAUGCAACCCACUAAUAGAUGCCUUUCUACCCUGGAAUGUGCUGCUGUUGCUCUUUCCAUCUUAGAGAAAAACAUUCACAUACAGGAGGUAUGUGAUGCAAGAAGCUGGGUCACAUGGACAUCCUGUUUGAUUGGGGAUAGAACACAGUUUUUCCUUUUGAGUGCAGAACGUUCUCAACGUGUGGCAAAUCUGUCAGAUGCGCAUCAAAGCUUCAUUGGAUGUUUCUUAUAAAGAAAAUUCUCUCCUUAACCUACUUCAGUUUAUUAUCACCAGGAUAUAAUUCAGAAAUAGGAGUGCAAUGUAUGUUGACAAGGCCUUCCCGCAGAGAAGCUGUUCCAGUUAACUUGCUGAUUUUCAGAGGCAGGUGCCCCGUGUAGUGCAUAAUUUAGGUAAGGCAGCAACAAGGGAUCCCACUGACCAAUGAUUCUAGGGAGGAAGUCAUGCUGGAACCAAAAUAUUCUAUGUAAAAUGUAUGACAUUCUUAAUGCUCAUAUUUAAUAUUUAAUAAACCUAGUCCUGGGGGUGAACCUUUGAAACACAAGUUCAGCUAUCUGACUGGCAUUUCUGUAUGCCAUAAUUAGAGCUGUCAGAACAAUCUCUUUUAAAGUAGAACAAGCAGGAGCUUGAGUGCUUGUUGUCUAGAGCUGCACCAGCAUUCCUUGAUGUGAAUACAGAGUUUCCCCAAGGGGAAAGCUAAAAAUACACUUUCUGGUUGUGAGUGCAGCACUGCAUAUAAUGCAAACACACAGGCACAUGCACUCCAAAGGAAAUGACAAUUUUCAAGGCUGAAGUGGAGAUCUUUUUAAAUUAUUUACAAGUUUAUAAAUGAGUAGGUGUAGCCAAAAAUCUAUGAAGAAACCUAGAAAAACAUUUCUGAAAUUAUGUUAUGGAAUAAAGAGAUUUCAAAAUAUUUUUAUAAUGUGGAAGAGAAAAUUGGGCUAUAUCUGAAAAAAAAUCCUACAAUAACAGGCAAUAUACAUCUCACAGAACUGCUUUUAAUUUUUAUCUCACAAGUACAUGAAUUAUGAUCAUGAAGCAAAAUAAAUGUCUCAUAGAGCCUCCAUUCUCCUUUGCUUAUAAAGUUAUUACAAUCUGAAAUAGGAGUUUCCUGUUUUCACAAAAUUCUGAUGCAUUGCUAUGAGUCCACCAAUAAUAUGCAUGGAACUGUUUACAGCAGAAAAAAAAAAAGCUGUGGUUUUGCACCAGAAAAGUUGAUUCCUCCCCUUCCAACUUGUUGGCUUAAAUACUUGAAAAAUCAAUCCACAAGGUUCUCUUGGGUGUGAAGGAGAAAAGUGAA